AUGAGAGAGAUAUGGGUUGAAGCUUCGGGUGAAGAAAUAAAGAGAUUCGUCGCGGCGCUCAUUGUCUGGACGUUCGUUCGUAUUAUACCAAUAGACCCAACUAGACCUGAAUGGAGCCGACGGAUGAUGGUAUUGGAAUUCAAAGUUGAAUCGUUAGUGACAUUUAGCGUCAGCCAUUCAUGGUUUCAAGGAGAAGCAGAGGAGAAGAUGCAAAGAACAACAAAAGACUUCUUCAGAAUGGAUGAACAUACCCGAGACAAAGUGACUUCUAUGACUUCUCCGAGAUACUACCCUUCUGUGCAAUGUUUGCUCCCUGCUGACCAAGAAGAAGCCGCUAGGUCGGAUGCUCAGCACCUGAUUAUUGUCCAGGCAUUCGAGAAUUGGCUGUCUCUAGCACCGUUGAAGCUUGUUGCUGGUGAUAAAGUGCAGCAGGAAGUGGUACGGCUAUUCUCGCUCACUCACAAUACUGGUUCUUACUAUUCGCUUAAAGGAAUAUGGGCACUCGAAUUCUCUGCUGAGAACAAUACAAACGGCGUCAAGGUGGACAUAGAAUCCAUCGCCGAGCUAUACCGUGUACUCCAACCAGGGGGUUACCUCGAGCUAGUCGAGUUCGAAACGAAGCGGUUCCAUUGUGGUGUCGGUCCCUCAUCCAACAAGUUAUGUUCGUUGGUGGAUGACUUGUUUGCGGAGAAAGGGAUUGUUCAAGGUGUAUCGACGAACCUAUGUCCUCUGCUUGAGGAAAUCGGGUUUGUCAAUGUAAGAUGCGAAGUUAGGGAUGUACCAGUUGGAGGAAGGCAAUGUGUCGUCCAGAGCAGGGCUGGAUAUACUGGUGAGCAAUGGGGUGAGGGGUGGAUGGGUGUAAAGGUACCUGUGGUCAAGGGUGGGGGAUAUAGAGUGGUUAACAUGAAAGAGGAGUUCGACGUGCUUCUAGGUCCAUCUGCAGCGAUUAACGUUUGGUGGGAGGUAUACACUGGUAUACAUGAGUUUAUCUGAUCCCGCCGUACCCUCUAUUUAUUUAGCAUAAUGAGAGGAGAUAAACCAGUGCAUGUCAUCUCAAAUUUUGCUUAUGCUUC